CCGGCUGGGCCGCGGCAGAGCUGGGAGAGCAGAGCCCGGGCUCGCAGCUCCCCUCGGCCGCCUGAGCGCUGGCAGGGUUCCCGCUGCGCCAUCCCUGACCCCCAGCCGCCCACUCAGCAAUGAGGGUCCUGAGCGCGCGCUUUCGGGUGCUACUGGCCUGCCUCGCCCUGGUGAUCCCUGUCUCAGAGACAAACUUCUUGUCCAAAGAACAUGCUUCACAAGUCCUGGUGAGGAGGCGCCGUGCAAAUACCUUGUUUGAAGAAACUAUGAAGGGCAACCUUGAACGAGAGUGCAUUGAAGAACUCUGCAAUAAGGAGGAAGCCAGGGAGGUCUUUGAAAAUAAUCCCGAGACGGAUUAUUUUUAUCCAAAAUAUUUAGGUUGUCUGGGGGCAUUCCGUGCCGGCUCAUUCCAUGCUGCGAGGCAGUCAGUUAAGGCUUACCCUGACCUCAGAAGCUGUGUCAAUGCCAUCUCAGACCAAUGUGACCCUAUGCCAUGCAAUGAAGAUGGGUAUCUGAGCUGCAAAGAUGGCCUAGCUGCUUUUACUUGCUUCUGUAAGCCAGGCUGGCAAGGAGACAGGUGUCAGUUUGAUGUAAAUGAAUGUAAAGAUCCCUCGAAUGUGAAUGGAGGCUGCAGCCAGGUUUGUGACAACACUCCUGGGAGUUACCACUGCUCCUGUAAAAGUGGCUUUGCUAUGCUGGCAAAUAAGAAAGACUGCAAAGAUUUGGAUGAAUGCGCUGUAAAGCCGAGUGUCUGUGGCACAGCCGUGUGCAAGAACAUUCCAGGCGACUUCGAAUGUGAAUGUCCCGACGGCUACCGAUAUGAUCCCUCGUCAAAAUCUUGUAAAGAUGUCGACGAAUGCUCUGAGAACAUGUGUGCUCAAUUGUGCGUCAAUUUUCCUGGAGGCUACUCUUGUUACUGUGAUGGGAAGAAAGGAUUCAAACUUGCCCAAGAUCAGAAGAGUUGUGAGGGUAUUCCAGUGUGCCUUUCCUUGGACCUUGACAAAAAUUAUGAAUUAUUAUACUUGGCCGAGCAGUUUGCAGGGGUUGUCUUAUAUCUGAAAUUUCGAUUGCCAGAUAUCACCAGGUUUUCAGCUGAAUUUGAUUUUCGGACGUACGAUUCAGAGGGCAUCAUACUGUAUGCAGAAUCUCUCGAUCACGCAAAUUGGCUCCUGAUUGCGCUUCGUGAUGGGAAGAUUGAAGUUCAGUUUAAGAAUGAGUUUUCGACCCAAAUCACAACUGGAGGCAAUGUUAUUAACAAUGGCAUAUGGAAUAUGGUGUCUGUGGAAGAAUUAGACGACAGUGUUAGCAUUAAAAUAGCUAAGGAGGCUGUGAUGAAUAUAAAUAAACUUGGGAGCCUUUUUAGGCCUACCGAUGGAUUUCUGGACACCAAAAUAUACUUCGCAGGCUUACCUCGGAAGGUGGAAAGCGCACUCAUUAAACCGAUUAAUCCGCGACUGGAUGGAUGUAUAAGAGGCUGGAAUUUGAUGAAACAAGGAGCUUUAGGUGCCAAGGAAAUAAUCGAAGGAAAACAAAAUAAGCACUGCUUCCUCACUGUGGAGAAGGGCUCCUACUACCCUGGUUCGGGAAUUGCUCAGUUCAGCAUAGACUACAAUAAUGUGACUAAUGCAGAGGGUUGGCAAAUGAAUGUGACCUUGACUAUUCGCCCCUCCACUGACACUGGAGUCAUGCUUGCUUUGGUUUCUGGGAGCACAGUGCCCUUUGCCUUGUCCUUGGUGGAUUCUGGCUCCGGAACUUCUCAGGAUAUUGUGGUAUUUGUUGAAAAUUCAGUGGCGGCUCGAUUGGAAGACAUAUCUCUGUGCUCGGAUCAGCAAUCCCAACUGAAAUGUAAUGUUAACAGAAAUGGACUGGAACUGUGGACCCCACUUAGAAAAGAUGUCGUUUAUUCUAAAGAUCUUCAAAGGCUACUCGCCAUCUUGGAUAAAGCAAUGAAAAGAACCGUGGUCACCUACCUGGGUGGCAUCCCAGAUAUUUCCUUCAGUGCCACACCAGUGAACGCUUUUUACAGCGGCUGCAUGGAAGUGAAUGUCAAUGGUGUUGAGUUGGAUCUGGAUGAAGCCAUUUCUAAACACAACGACAUUCGAGCUCACUCGUGCCCAUCAGUGAGGAAAAUCCAGAAGAACUUCUAGAGUCGGUUUCCUGUGCUUCUAAUAUCUCUUUUCUUGUUUUAAUUAUGCUCACGUUCCUAUCAUGAGCUGGCAGGUGUUACCUGAGAUGUGCAAUGUAUAAAUAUGAUGUGGUACUUCGUCCUUCAGAUUUUAGUUAUAUAAAUCACAUUUUUGAAAAGUCUUGCACUCAUUGCUGUCUAGAAAUUAAAUAACGAAACACAUGAAACAUUUAAAUUUCGAUUUAUUUCCUAUAAAUGACACUGCUUUAGGUUUUUUAUUUUAUUUUAAAAGUAAGACUCAUCAUCAUGGAACUUGUAUUUAAAUGUCCUGUUUUUCUCAGAAGACGAAUCAGUUAAACCCAAACACAAGCCCACAUGACUAAAUGCUAACAGUUGCAGGGAGACACGGUAUUUUUGUUGUUGCUUUUUGCCCAUGAAAAGUGAUAGCAUACCACAUGUGAAUUGAAUGGAAGGUCUCAAAGCUUUAUUCCAAAGUAAUUCCUUGGGACUGGGGAGAAUGGCUCAUUUAGGCUUCAUUUUUCUUUUACCUGGCUUCACAUUUGAGCCAACACCUUCACUGAAAUAUAGAACAAGGGCAGAGUUUCCCGGGAGCAGCCCGUGAAUGUUGUCUCAAAGGCACUGGUUUCUUUCAGAGACAUCAGGUUAUGCGGUAAGGGGUGUGAACAUUGGGCAGACACGUCUCUCAACCUAGGCUUUAGAGCCCACAAGAUCCGAGUCCGAAUGACGGCUGUCCGUAGUGGUGGGAAGGAGAGUGAAGCCAUCAGGAAAUUCAUCGUUGUCCUUCAUUUUGGGUUUUAAUUACUAUAGGUGGCUUGAAUGUGAUUGUUGAAGUUAAAAAAAAAAAGUGGCGGAAACUAGAGUAGAUUUUUAACAGAAGAAUAAUAAUAAGAGAGAUGCUGGAUAAAGUUACAUGUUCUACCUUUGUAAUGACAGAGGUAUGGGGGUAAGAUUGUCCACUAUUUGAUGACAGUGCAUUGCAAGUGGCUGGCCGCUUUGCUGUUCUUCAUGAAUUGACCAUUUCAGGGGUGCAUCAGACACUUCGUUGCCAUUGGAGAAACUGGAUUUUAUUUUACUGUAGAUAUUUUGCAUCACAUGAAACAUAA